GUCAGUUACUCUGUGGAUUUCCAUCAGGAAUCAUUCAAUUACUGCAGGACUGGAUCUUAUUUUGGAUGACUUCUUUUGGCUUCUGCUACUUGGAUCUUCCAAUAUUAGCUGAAAGAGGGGGUCUGAGAGAAGAGAUAGAAGAGGACAGAAGGUCACACUGGGCCUGGGAGGCAGAGAGAGCCAGGCCGGAGGAAAUCACACCCUGCCGGCUAAUCCCACAGGGCCGGCGGGAGCAGCGUCGCCGGCGGCGGUGUGGCCGUCCUCUCUCGUUCCCGGAAUGUCGCGGAGGCACGGGCCCCUGUAGGGUGGAGCGGCGGCCGCCUCCAGCAGCAGCGCGGGGACCCGCGGAGCUGUCACCUCCGUCCUCCACCUGCCGCGCGUCCGCGGGCAGUUCCUCCCCUCGGUGGCCCCGGGGCGCUGGUGCCGUCCCUCGGCCUUUGACCUCAGGGUCAUACAGGCUCCUCCCGGCCACCGGGGACAGAGAUUCCGCCUGUGGCUGUGAACUGGAACUGCCCGAAGACGCUCCCGGGGACGCUGUAGGCACCGCCCUGGCCGCAGGGAGAGGCCCAGUCUCGCCGAGCGAGGAAUCGCAGGGUCUGGCAGCCGCCGGACUGCCGGCAGGGGGCGCUCCCGGUGCACACGAGGGGCUCCGCCGCCCGCACAGGGUGCGUGUAAAGGGGAGGCCCCAGGGCCCUGCGGUGGGUCGAGCGCUGUGCCGGGCCGCCGUGGCUCCUCACAAGGGCUCUGCUGGGCGCCGCGCAGAGUCCUGAGCGGCCUUGGGUCUCUGGUUCAGGGGCCCGGGGUCGCUGGCAGAAGCAGGGGCCGUGCGCCGGGGUCCCUGCUGGCUUAGGCUGCCUUUGCCCUUCUGCCUGGAGGCCUGGCUGAGGCUGGCUCUCCCUCACAGUGAGGGAUUCCUGCCCGGAUCUGUGCUGCUGGAGAGGCUGGCGAUGGCAGCGGGGACAGCAGGGCCUUCCCCUCAGGCCGGCAGGGGCCUGGCGAGCACAGGGGCUCUGCAGUCUCCCGGGCGUCAAGCAGGGCGUCCUUGGGAGCUGCGCAGCUCCUCCGAGCGGCCCUGGAGUAGCAGUUCGGGUGGGAAGGGCUUGUGGUUGGCGGAGACCCGGUGCCACCCCGGAGAGAGGCGUCUGCGGGGAGGGGAGCUGCGGGGGGUGGGUCAGCUGAAGGCCCAGGCUUCAGGGAGUGCCGCGCCCUCGGGUCUCUUAGAACGCAGGAGCAGGUGUGUGGCCUGUGAGUCCUAGAUCUCUCCUUCCACGUGUGACCUGCCCCCCCCCCGCCCGCCCCCCUCCCCGCCCGCAGUCUGCCCAGGGUCCUUGUAGUCGCAGACUGGCUCCAGGACGGCCUUCGGGUCCUCGGGGUCAUGACCCACAGCAAUCCACGGAGCCUUCUCAGCAUCCUCAACCUGCCUCUCUUGCUGGGAUGGGAAUGCGCACUUCUCACGCAGAUUUCCAGGUUCGGUGGGUGAGAAGGGACUGGGCGAUAUUCUGCCUGGUACCGGGCCCCACAGCUCCUGGACCGUCUGUCCCUCAAAAGGCAGAGUGUGGACUCCCCCCUCCGGUUCUCCCCUGGGAGAGCUGGGGGCAGCCCAG